AUGGCAGGGAAGUUCGAGCCCAAGACGCCGGUCACCCUGGCCCCUCCUAAGAGCGACCCUAUUUCCCCAGACUUCCUGGCAAAGUGCAAAGGAGAGGGCGACGGUUUGUGCUACGUUGCGAUCAAGGGCAAAGUCUUUGAUGUGACCGGCAACAAAGCGUAUCAACCUGGGGGAUCAUAUUCUGGUAAAGAUCAACCACUUUCUCAGUAUAAUCCUUCCCGACUCGUGUUGUUCGCCGGCCAUGAUGCCUCCCGAGCCUUAGCCAUGACCUCCACAAAGGCCGAAGAUGUACGCCCUGAUUGGUCUGAUUUGAGUGAUAAAGAGAAAGGAGUCCUCGAGGAUUGGCUCACAUUUUUCUCGAAACGCUACAACGUCGUUGGCAUUGUGGAAGGGGCCACCAAUCAAUAG